UGUAUUAAAACAGCAUCGAAAAUCAAUUUAAAACACAACUGUCCACAUAGGCGGGACCAGGCUGACGACACUGGCUGCCUGAAUUCUUAAAACUUUUGGGAGGUCUUUGAAAAUGCACCUCCUCCUCUCUCGCCUUUGAACUGACUCGAACCCGUACGUCAUAGGUUUGGCGUCAGACCCUAAAAAGUCCUCUGUAUAAGCACCCAGGGCUGUCUCGUCAGACGCCUCUUCCCUACCCCACAAGCCAGCCAGACCCAUUUCAUCUCCACCCAUUCCAGGCGAGAGCCUUAAUACAUCUGCAGGGGGAACACUGGAAGCCCUGCGAGUCCCAAGAAGAGAGGGGGACGCCUGAGAGAGAGAGAGGAGUGGAGGUCGCCAUGUCUCCCCACGUGUCUGUGUGUACCCUGCUGCUCGUGUCGGUGACCUUGGGGGUCAACGAGGGGACUCAGGUGAACGAGGUGAGAGGUGGUGGGUCCCAAGAGCUGGGCCCACUCGCAGCUCGCUGGGUGUGCGGACCCGUCGCCCCGGGGUCCACCGAGGAGGGCUCUCCGAAUGGGGCUCCGUGCCCCUCGUCGCAAGCGGACGCGUUGGAGCUUCGCGCCUUUGGCGACGUCCUCCUCCUCCUCGCCGUCAGGGCGACGAGCUCGGAGACGCAGCUGCUGACCGCCUCCUACCACGUGGAGGCCAACGCGGAGGGGGCUCGAGGGGGGGUCCCGGGGGGGGCUCGCGGGGGGGCCCGGUCGGAGUGCGUCUACGCGCGCGGGGACGUGGCGUCGCACCCCCCCGGAGGGCGAUUCGCGCUCAGCGUCUGCGACGACGCCCGGCUGGAGGGGGUCGUGUUCCUGGGUCGGUGUCGUCUCAUCAUUCGCCCAUCGGAGUCUGGGGGACACUUGGCGACAAAGGAAUGUAUCGAGCCGGAUGAAUCCAAACCGGCGCACCGGGUCAUCUCCAAACGUUCGUCCCCCGAUUCCUCCGGCGACCCGGGCUCCCUGCCCGUCCACGCCGCAGCUCAAGGCCACGCCCCGGCCAUCGACCCUGGUGCCACCGCGCGACCCGCCGAUGGUGCUGAUAGAACCCCGGACGGCGACGCUCCCACCGCCAGCGCCGGGCCCAGUCCGGAAGCAACGCAGCCUGGCCCCAGCAGCAGCGCCGACCCUAGCGCGACCUCUACGCCUGCCGCUAGCACGAAGCCUGACCCAAGCAUUAGCACGAGCGCUCGCACUAGCAUGAGCACUAGCGCUAGCCCGGGUCCUCGCAGCGCCGAUGCUGCCCCUAACACUGACUCCAAUCUGAACACUGCCCAUAACCAUAAUGCUAGCCCUGACCUUACCACCAGCCUUGACCUUACCACCAGAUUUAACCCCAGCACUGACCUUAGCACGAACCAUAACCAGAGUACUACCUCUCCUGCGAGCCCUCACCCGACCACUGACUCUCACCCUAGCACUAGCCAUAGCCCUAGCCCUCGCAUGAACUCCCAUUCUACUCCUGACCGCAACUCUACUGCCAGCCAUAACCAGAGCACAAGCACAAGCCCUGAUGGCGACUCUGGCCUGAACAUCAAUGGCAUUAACCCGACCACCAUCCUUCACCGUAUCCCUAACACUGCCCCUACCACUGCUGUUAACAUUACCCCCACCACUAGGCCUACCCCCAACACUACUCUUCAUACGACCUCUAUCCCCAACCAUCUCCAUAUCACAACCCCUUCCGCUAGCCCGACCCAUAACACUGCACCUAACACUACCAAUAUUCAAACUGCUGACACGACCACGAAUUUUACUCAUAAUACCGCACCUAACACUACCCCGACCCCUAACACCACCCCUACCCCUAGCACUACCACUAGCACUACCACUAGCACUACCACUAGCACUACCACUAGCACUACCACUAGCACUACCACUAGCACUACCACUAGCACUACCACUAGCACUACCCCAUCACCCACCGUCACCCCAAGUGCCCUGGCAUCCUCCGCACCCAACACCGCGCUGCACCGCCGGCCAAACCCCACGGCAGGCCCCGUGACCCCCUCCGUGACCCCCCGCGUGACCCCGCGGGCCAACGCGACCCCCUCCCACAGCCCCUCGACGUCGCGGACCUCCGCGUCCACGUCCUCGGAGCCCCGAGGCUUCCACGUGGAGCUGGUGGUGGUGGCCGGGGCGGACGUGGGGCGACACCACGGGGAGGACACGCAGCGCUACCUGCUCACCAACAUCAACAUCGCUGCAGAACUGCUCCGUCUUCCCAGCCUGGGCAGACAGAUCCACCUACACGUGGUCCGGCUACUGCUGCUUGGAGACUCAGCUCCCUUGGAGCUGGCCGUGACGGAGAACGUCACCUCGUCGCUCACCUCCUUCUGCCGCUGGCACCGCUCACACAACCCGGCGGACGACGCUCACCCCGACCACGCCGACCUCGCACUCUACGUCACUAGGCAGGACCUGGUGGGCACCGGCGGUCUCCGCGCCGUGCGCGGCGCCGCUCAGCUGGGCGGCGCCUGCUCCCCGGCGUGGAGCUGCCUCCUCGCCGAGGACACCGGCUUUGACCUCGGGGUCACCGUCGCUCACGAGAUCGGCCACAGCCUCGGCAUCACUCACGACGGGGAGGAGAACGACUGUGGCGGGGGCGGUGGCUACAUCAUGGCGGUGGAGGGGGCACACGCGAGCCUCUCCUCCACCUGGUCUCGCUGCAGCCGCAAGCAGCUGCUGCGCUUCUUGAGCUCGGGAGAGGCCUGGUGCCUGUCGGACGCCCCCCCGGCCCCGGCGCCCGCCCACCCCCCCGUGCUGCCCCCCGUGCUGCCGGGCCUGCGCUACGGCGCCGACGAACAGUGCCGCGUCAUGUUCGGCCACGGCGCCACCGCCUGCUCCUUCAGCAAGGACGACAAGGACGUGUGCAGCGUGCUCUCGUGCCACACGCACCGCGACGACUUCUCCAGCUGCACGCGGCUGCACAUCUCGCUGCUGGACGGGACGCCCUGCGCUGACCACCGGCGGUGCGUGCGUGGCGCGUGCGUGCCGUUCACGGGGGCGCCGUCCGUGGAGCCGGUGCACGGCGCGUGGUCGGCGUGGGGCCGCUUCGGGGGCUGCUCGCGCACCUGCGGCGGCGGCGUCACGGCACGCACGCGGCGCUGCAACAGCCCCCGGCCUGCGCUCGGAGGGAGGACGUGCGAUGGGACGGACUUGGAGGCCGUCAUGUGCAACCGCCAGCCGUGUGCCUCCGCGUCGCAGUUCUCUUUCGCCGUGGAGCAGUGCAGCAACACCAGCGCAGAGCCGUCCACCACCACCACCACCGCGGCGGCAGCAGCGGCGGCGGCAGCGGCGGCAGCGGGGACCCGCUCGGCGCUGCGCUACCACGCGUGGGCACCCACCAUGGUGCGAGGAGACUGGCGCUGCCAGUACCACUGCGAGACCGUGGGCAGGAGUCUGCGAGUGUCGAGGGGGGCGGCGUUUGUGGACGGGACUCGCUGUGAACACCCGAAGGAAUCGGCCCUGGGGCUGUGCGUGUCGGGGCGGUGCCAGGAGUUUGGCUGCGACGGCGUGCUGAGCUCGGGAGUCGUCGUGGACGCGUGCGGGAUCUGCGGAGGGGACGGCUCCUCCUGCUUCCGCGUCAACGGGACAUUCCACGGCGGGGAGGCCAAGAAGUACGUCACCUUCCUGCGCGUGCCCCUAAACGCCACCUCUGUGCACGUCUCGAACACCCGCUCAGCCUACACACACCUGGCGCUGCUGGUGGGCCGCGUGCCGGUGGUGGCCGGACGCGGCUCCGUGUCCACCAACGUGUCGGCUCCCUCGGCGCUGGAGGACGAGCGCCUCACCUACCGCCUCUACCUCACCGAGCUCAAGAUCCCACGCACGGAGCGGCUCUCCAUCCCGGGGCCCGUCACUCAGCCCACGCACGUGCAGGUGUACCGCCGCUACGGGCGCGAGUACGGCCGCGCCGCCGACCCCGACAUCGUCUUCUCCUUCCACCUGCCCCACGGGCAGCCGCUCUACCAGUGGGAGGAGCGGCGGGCGCCGUGCCCCCACACCUGCGGCACAGGGACGACGCGUGCGGCGCACGUGUGCGUCGACCCCUCGCUGGGCUCCGAGGUGCCGUCCGAGCGCUGCCUCCUGGGCGGGCCCCGGCCCCUGGAGCGGACCGUGCCGUGCAGCCGGAGCCUGGAGCCCUGCCCGGCCCCGCUGCACGAGGUCACCGCGGAAGCGCCAGCGAGCGACGGCGAUGGUGAUGAUGGCGUUACAUCAUCGUCGUCGUCAACGUCAUCGUCAACGUCAUCGUCAACGUCGUCAUCGUCAACGUCGUCAUCCUCGCUUGCUUCGGGAACGCCUUCCCUCGGAGCUGCGAGUCAGGGGUCACGCGGGGGUCGGAGGGGUUCCACGACCCCUUCCCCUAUGACCUCCGCCCCCCCCGUGACCCCGACCACCAAGACCCCUCUCAUCACGACCCAAGCUGCGCAUGACGCGGCACCCUCAACAGAAUUCUCAACUCCCACCACCCCUUCCUCCUCCUCCUCAUCCUCGUCCUCCUCGUCAGCCUCCUCUUUCUCCACCUCCUCUACGGCUCCACAACUGCCCGCGUCGUGCGGGCUGCAGGUGACGGCGCCCGCGGGCGUCGUGCGCCUGGACGCUCGCCCCGGGGUGGACUGCAGCGUGGCGUUCGCUCGCCCGCUCGGCGAGGUCGUGUCCGUGCACGUGCUGCAGCACAACAUGGAGUGCAGCGCCGGCGACUACGCGAUGGUGCUGGAGCGGCUGUCGUGGCGGCGCUUCUGCGAGGGCUCCCGCAACACGACGCUCUCGUCGCGCACCAACAACCUCGUCGUGCGCCUGCGCGCCGCCGGCGGGCGCCGGGGCCUUCGCGUGGCCUUCGCCGCCCGGCGGGCACGAAGGCCGCAGCACCGAGAAUGCGACGUGCAGCUGACGGGCAUCAAGGGCCGGAUCGGCGCCCCGCAGGCCGUGGCGGGUGGCGGUGGCGGCGUGGUGGCCACCCAGCCGUGCCGCGCCUACAUCAACGUGCCGCCACAGCGGCGCAUCGUCCUGCGGGCCAUGGUCACGAGCGGCGCGGGGCGGGGGGCGGAGCAGGACGGGGCGUGCGACGGCCACGUCGUGGUGAGGGACAUGGAGACGCUGAAGGCCGUGCCCGUGUGUGGGCCCAGGCCGCUCGUGUGGAAAUCUUCCGGCAGUCGAGCGGAGAUCGAGUUCCACGGCCGGCUCAGCAAGCAGACGUCGUCCUUCAUCGCUCUGUACCGCGCCAUCGACCCCGGCGCACCCCUCUCCGGAACAUAGACCCCCUGCAGACCCCCUGCAGACCCCCUGCAGACCCCCUACAGACCCCCUGCAGACCCCCAUAGACCCCCUACAGACCCCUAGACCCCCUGCAGACCCCCUGCAGACCCCCUGCAGACCCCCUGCAGACCCCCUGCAGACCCCCUACAGACCCCCAUAGACCCCCUA